UAGGAAGAGAAGAAAGAAAUUUAGUUUUCGGUCAUCAUGUUUCGAUUCUGUGGCAUGGAACUCCGCACGUUAGCUCUGUCCCGUUCGUACUGUUGCGCUUUGGUUGUGGUCUUGUCGGUUGUGCUCGGUGCUGCUGCGGACCUCUUAAACACUGAUGGCGACAGAUAUAGCGCGGCAACCAGCGGCAUGGCGCGGUGCGCCAACGUGACGGGUGCGGAUUGGUCACUGCAGUCAGCAUCGGCAUCGAUUUCGGUUUYUGCCACCAUCGAAUCGCACGAAACGGGUGAUGGAUGGGACAAGUACGCCGACGAAUUCGAGGUUCGAGACGCAGAGACCGGCUCCCUUCUGGGAACCCGCACCCUGCUGCAUCCCCACGUUAACGAACAACCCUUUACGAGGAGCCUAACGGGGCUGAUCGUUCCAGACGAGGUCCGGUGCCUCUCGGUGGCCGCCAGGGACUCCGUUCUGGGAUACUGUGGAGAAGAAUUCAAGCUGUGUCUCUUUGAUAAAGACGAGACGACUACGGAGACGAAAGAUCAGGACAGUAGUGACGCUGCAAAUUGUGCAGUGCUUGUAAAUUUGUUCCAAUAUUUUGUCGGAUUUCUCAUUUCCCACGCCGUCCAACUAGUAGUGGGGUGAAAGAACAUUUUGAAUAUUGUUCCUGUUUGAUCAACAACCAACACUUUCAAUACAAUCGAAAAUUGAUG